AUGGCGUGUCCCCUGGAGCAGGCGCUGGCCGUGGUGGUCGCCACCUUCCACAAGUACUCAGGCAACGAGGGCGACAAGUACAAGCUCAACAAAGCCGAGCUUAAGGAGCUGCUCACCAAGGAGCUGCCGAGCUUCAGCAAACAAACCAGCGAGGCGAGUUUACAGAAGCUGAUGAGCAACCUGGACUGCAACAGCGACAACGAGGUGGAUUUCCAGGAGUACGUGACCUUCCUGGCCUGCAUGGCCAUGAUGUGCAACGACUUCUUCCAGGACCUCCCGGACAAGAUGCCGCGCAGGAAGUGAGGGCAGGGCCCGGCACCGCCCCGGGACCCUCCCGUUGUGCUCCCGAUGUCAUUUCAAUAAAUCUCGAUUUAAACGAA